AUGCAGCAAAAAUACGCAUUUGCCUUUGUAGCCGAGGUGUUAGGAAUACUUUUUCAUCUGUUUUUUACAAGUGCAGCCACUGGAAAUACUAAACCAAACGUCAUAAUACUAAUAGCGGACGACUUGAGCAUCGGAGAUUUAAGUUGUUACGGAAGCCGAGCGGUCAGAACAAAAAAUCUUGAUAGUUUAGCAGAGGAUGGACUGAAAUUAAACAGAAUGUACUCUAUGUCGUCAGACUCAGGAACUAUGGCAGCACUUAUAUCAGGGAUGUAUCCUGUAAGAAAGGGACUUGGCAAAGGAUCACUUGGAUGGUCUUCAUUCUGGAGCCCUGCACAGUCUGGAGGUUUGUCUGCACAAGUUCCUAACAUUGCAUCGCUGUAUGCCUCUCCUUCCAUGAAAUAUCAGACAGCUUUCAUGGGUAGAUGGGAUCUCGGUGCAGGUAGCCAUGGAGAAUAUCUCCCAGGAAGUAUAGGAUUUAUGUCAUUUUACGGGACACCAAUGUCACACAGUCCAGGAUGCAGUUCAAACACAAUGUUCAGGUUUACAGAUUGGGAUUUCUUCCUCCUGCUCUUGCGCCAGAAUCAGAUUGUGAUCGCUUCUGUGGCUCUGGCUUGUAUACUUCCAAGAAUCUUUGGAGUCAGAAGGGAAGCAUCUUUGAUCCUUUUGAUAACAAUAGGAAGCUUGUCAUUGCUAGUGUUGAGGAUGUACUGUUGGAUGGGUCCCUUGUCUCCAAGCAGCUGUAUACUGUACAGAGACAAUGAGGUUACUGAACAACCCUAUCAGGACAACAAAAUGACACAGCGUCUUACCCUCGAGGCUGUUAAUUAUCUCAAGUAUCGACGAUCAAAAACUUUCUUUUUAAUGGUUUCAUAUUUACAACCAAAAUAUCCAGCCUUUUCCUCAGAGCAGUUCAAGAACAAGUCAGGAAUAAGUCCAUAUUAUGAUGCAGUUUUAGAAGUAGACUGGAGUGUUGGAAAGAUACUACAAACCCUAGAAAUGGAAGGUAUAUCAAAUGAAACUGUUGUAAUAUUUUUGUCAGAUAAUGGACCACAAUUCACAGACAUAUUUACUGGAAAUCAAAUUCACAACAGCAUGGUUGGACAAAAGGUUCUCCAUCGUGACAAACAAAAAAUCACUUUAAAGGGUGAAAAAGGUUCAUCUUAUGAGGGUGGAAUUCACAUUCCAGCUAUGAUCAGAUGGCCAGGACAUAUCAAUGCUGGUAUGGAAACAGAUGUUGUUACUUCUGUCCUCGAUAUAUUCCCAACAGUGAUUGAUAUAACAAAUAUAAAAAAGAAAUAUCAAUUCAAAAAGUUUGAUGGUGAAAGUCUUACAUCAUUGUUUAAAAAUCCUAAACAAAAGCCUACUGCAAUUCACAGUACUUUAUUCCAUGUGUGUGACCUUAUUAAUCCUAAGUCGGACUGGGCAGUUACUGCUGGGGACAUGAAGGUCCACUUCGUAGACUGUAGCUUGGAGAAGGAUUGCAAGUCUCCAAAAACACCUAAGAUCUAUAACAUUACUGCUGAUCCUGGUGAGACAGUGGCCUUGUCUGUCAAGGAUCAUGCAGGACUACUGUACAAUAUACAACUAGAGAUGGCACACUCUAACCUCAUGAUAGGCACUAGUGGUUUGGAUAUAUCUAAAACAUCACAGUUUGAUAAAAUACCAUAUCCCUGGAAUUUUCCAUGUACUACAAGUAAUUUCUUAUUCUGUCACAAAGAACUUGACUAUGAAGAAAAUUUCAAUUCAUUAUUACCAUAA